AUGAAAAAUGAUUUCAAAGCUAAACUGCUUUGUAAUGCAGAAAAAAAUGAAAAGGCGAAAACAGUAAGAAGACCACCAGAGGUGAGUUCAUCUCUAAGACCCCGAAUAAAAACUGACUCAGAAUCAGAAGUUAAUGAUGAGCACGAAAGGAACGAACCAGAUUACAGCGAAGGGAGAUUUGUAAUUUGCUUUGAGAUGCUCCAGGGAAUUGAAAUGAAAUUAGAAAUGAACAAGCGGAUGGAAAUUUUACCAUUGAAGGUGAAGCAUUUUCAUAAAAUUAGAUUCAAGGAAGAAUGA